AUGGAGGGAAACGAUGGAGAAAAAGGACACGAAGAGAUGGAGGGAAACGAUGGAGGGAAGGGAUGCGAAGAGAUGGAGGGAAACGAUGGAGGGAAGGGAUGCGAAGAAAUGGAGGGAAACGAUGGAGAAAAAGGACACGAAGAGAUGGAGGGAAACGAUGGAGGGAAGGGAUGCGAAGAGAUGGAGGGAAACGAUGGAGAAAAAGGAUACGAAGAGAUUGAGGGAAACGAUGGAGAAAAAGGAUACGAAGAGAUGGAGGGAAACGAUGGAGAAAAAGGAUACGAAGAGAUGGAGGGAAACGAUGGAGGGAAGGGAUGCGAAGAGAUGGAGGGAAAGGAUGCGAAGAAAUGGAGGGAAGAGAUGGAAAGGUGA